AUGCUGUAUAUGAACACCUUUCUGUCUUCAUUCUCAGGUUUUGCUUCUCUGCCGGUGAAAGGGAGUUGCUGUUCAUAUUCUAGCCUGGCUUUCCAGACACGGUGUUCCAUCUCUACCCCCUGGAAUGUGACAAUCAAGCAAUGCAGAGAAAGCAGUUUCUUCAAUUCGUUGACAGCUGAUGAACUAUGGAAAGGAGCUUUGGCAGAGACUGGUGUGGGAGUAAAGAAAGCAAGAGGAAAGCGAAGGAAGAAAAAGCUGAGAAAGAAUCUCAAUAGAGGCCAGGAGAUUGGUGAAGGACGUUCUGGUUUCCUCUGGCCUGGUCUUAACGCUCCCCUGAUACAAAGUGGGAAAGUCCAGGCAGUUACUCAACGAAAAAAAGAAGAACGAGAGAGAAUUCAGUCUGAAAUUGUUCAGCAGAGAGAUUCCUGGGAAAAGAGAAGAAAAAUAAAAAUUAAGAGAGAGGGAGGAUGGAGUGGAAAGUGUUGGGGAGGUGUCCUUCUGGAUCCUCCUGACCCAGGUCCUAAUGGAGAAACUUAUGAAGAUUUUGAAACAAGAGUCAUUGAG